CGAAAGCGCCGCCGUCUGACUCAAAUCCGGUACCGACAAAAACUGCGAGACCACGCAGACACCCUCGAACAACAAGUACAGGCUCGAGUACCAGCACCAGACCCUCUCUCCAGUGGAGAGUCUCCACGCAUCAUCGCCGACACUACCCUCUGGAAGGUGAUGGCCGAGUAUUUCCGCCUGUUCCGCUUCGCCUUGACGGCAUACAUGUAUAUCCCCAUCUCGGAGCGCUGCAAUGCUCCAGAAUUGCAGACGCUGUCGGGCGUGAUCAUCAAGAGCGGUCGAGGGGUGGAUUCGUUACUCGAACGCUGGAGUUUCAUCUCGAUAUCACAGCCAAACUUCGAGGUUGAGGUCGUGCGCUUCGAGAACGGCCCGAGAGAUUGCGUUGUGGCAAUUACCAAGACGAAGAUCGUUUUGUGCGAAUCAAUGCUGCGCUACGCCUUCCCGAACCUGGCAGCGACGGAGCGAGGGAAAAGUCUUGCCGCCAAGAUGCUAGGAAAGCGAAUGGAAAUCGAUGGCUGCACGAUGUUCGGGUGGGACAGCGAGAACGGCCAAGCAUUGAGCGUGGAUGGGAAAUCGGACGUGCUGUCCCCAUCUUCUUGGUUGUCACAGAACGAGUCUUGCAGGUCCUGA